GAUUUAUGUCGCGCCAACUUGGAGUCAUAAACUUGAAAACACUACCCUAGUGUUUUCAAGUUUACUCGCGCAUGCGUGCCAUUGACAGUGUCCCUUUAAGGGUCCUUUGGUGGAUCUAUGCUCUGUUAGGUAACCCGGCCYCCGGGCAAAAUCUGCAUGAUAAUAAAUAAAAAUAAAUGUAUGCGUAAAACAUAGAUCAUCAUAAUUAUGAUGCCGACUUAAUAAUUUUAUAAAUGAGAUAAAUGUUCAUUAAUCGCAAAAUCAAAGUYAAUUAAGUGCCUAAAAAGUGAUAUUUCUUGCCAUUUCGUCGACAUUAUUGCGCACUGCAUGAAUUAGAAUAAAUUAGCUCUAACAUAAAUUAARAUCAUUUUAUAUCGAUUCAGUCAAAACAACAGGUAUAGCUCGACGAAUUAAAUAAAGCAUCUACGUCUUUCGCUUGUUCAAAUGAAAGGGACAUGGAAUCCAUUUCAGCUUUGCUGCAUAGUCYAUUAUUAGCUGUACCAACURUUCUGGUGAUUGUGAUUGUGCUUGUUUACCUUGUUGGUGUGUGGAACUUCAGGGUUCUUARCACUCUWAACRUUCCUGGUGCAAMACCUUUACCGUUCUUGGGAAACCUUCUUGAYUUUGCCAAGCAUGGCCAUGGCACCUCUCACCUAUGCAUUUUAGAGUACAUGAAAAAGUAUGGGAAUAUAUUCAGUCUUUGUAUUGGGAGAAGUGUGGCAGUUGUGAUAACCGAUCCAGAUUUGAUAAAGCAAAUUAUGACCAAAGACAGCCAUACAUUUACAAAUCACCACCUUCAUUUUCCUCUUGCUAAAGAGAGGAAAGGUGUAUUUUUUCUAAAAGACGAAGACUGAAAAAAGGUGCGCUCAGUUUUAAGUCCAACGUUCACUACUCAGGAAAACCUUACGCUAAUGGUAGUUCCUGGUAUUGAAAGUUCCAAAAAGACUUUGAUGGGUAAACUUAAGGGAAUUGCCGAUUCAGGAAAAGACGUUGAAAUACUUAGUUGGUUUAGUCUUAUGACGCUAGAGGUGAUUCUUUCUCCCUCAUUCGGGAUAGAGUCUCCAGUACAGACCGAGGGCCCAAGUAAUAAGCUCCACCUCAAAGCGAAAGGAGUUUUCAAAGAAGAUGCCAAGAUGUUUCUCACUCUGAUGCUCCCUUUUAAGAAACUUUGGGCUCRAGUCUUCCUAAUGUUUCAGAAUAACUUCAAGUUCUUCGUUGAAGUGACAAGGAAUAUUUUGAAGACAAGAAAAGAUCAGGAGCUAGUCGGAGAACCUCGGGACGUUUUUGACAUCAUGCUUUCCGUCAAAAAUUCUGAUGGAACUUUUAAGCUAAGUGAYGAAGAAAUGGUAGGACAAGCCAUAGAGAUUCUGUUAGCUGGUUAUGAAACAUCAAGCAACGCUCUUGGUAUGGCAGCUUAUUAUAUGGCUCUCAAUCCAGACAUCCAAGAGCGAUUGAGGUCUGAAAUCGUCUCAGCACGMCAAGUAAACCCUGAAAAACCACUUCACGAGCUAGUCAACGACUUGGRGUACUUGGAAUGUGUUAUCAGUGAAGUGAUGCGYCUGAGYCCACCUAUUCACAUAACUGAUAGAUCKUGCACCAGGAAUUACGACAUCAACGAUACAACAACGAUUCCUGCAGGCAUGGCUGUAAUUAUUCCAAUAUACGCYCUGCAUCAUGAUCCAUCGGCGUGGACCGAUCCAGAAAAGUUUSAUCCUGAGCGUUUUCGAGGUUCUGCCAAAGAAUCAAGGCAUCCAUUCCARUUCCUUCCUUUUGGAGGAGGUUCGAGAACCUGCCUUGGCAAGAGAUUUGCUCUCUCGAUAAUCAAGAUCACAUUGGCAGAUAUUCUGGCAAAGUACAAGUUUAUGCGCUGUCCCGAAACAGAAGUGCCCUUGAAGAUGACUKCYGGAGUAACUCUCAUYCCGGAAAAUGGCGUCUAUGUCAGGRUCGARUCGUGUAAUURAAAUGCCGCGAUAAAUUAAUUCAAGAAAGUGAUCAUUAAAAAAUAGACACAAUGGGAUUAGCAGUUGAUAGCACCUAGCACAUAUUUUUUGCUAUACGUUCGUUUAAUACUAGUUUUGAAUAUACUUUCAAAGAUCAGUAUCCGYAAUAAAUACGUAUCAAAUCAUGGCAUGAUAAUAAUAUAUCCAUUAAUAACGCAAUAAAUACGUAUUCGUUAA